CGUCAUUCAUUUACUUUCUCGGCCUAUACUUGUUAUUAAUGAGCAAUGUUGGACAGCAAUUGCUCUCAGGUGGAUUAUCGGGACUUGCCACCACCGUCUGCCUCCAACCAUUCGAUCUUCUCAAGACCCGGUUGCAGCAAGGGGAUGGCUCGACUUGGAGACCGACACGGCCCCAUACAUCCAUCAUUCUUGAUAUCACUCGAGACGUCAUUCACUCAGGCGGUUGGCGUGGGUUGUGGAGGGGAACUACACCUUCUCUCGUUAGGAACGUCCCAGGAGUCGCGCUUUACAUGACCAGUUUGACCCAGCUUCGAGCUUUGAUGGCCACAUCUCCAUAUUUCGCGUCCCUUCGCAGACGACCACAGAACGGAGAUGCGAAUAAAAACACGUCAUCUGUGCUGCCAAAACUCACCAGUCAAGGCAAUCUCAUUGCAGGUGCGACUACGCGUGUCGGAGUUGGGUUCCUGCUAAACCCUUUCUCUGUCUUGAAGGCCCGAUUUGAGAGCAACAUAUAUGCGUAUGAGAGCCUCACAGGCGCCUUCGGUACCAUCGUCCGUCAGGGUCCUUCCGAACUCCUCCGUGGGUUUCUGGCAUCAUCACUGCGAGAUGCGCCGUACGCCGGUCUUUUUGUUGUCUUCUACGAGGGCAUCAAGCAUGAAGCUUCUUACGUGCUACCACCCGUGACCAGUACUCAGGCUACGUUGAUUCAUGGUUUAUCUGCGGCCUCAGCCGGUGCUAUCGCCACGAUGGCGACCCAUCCUUUCGAUGUCAUAAAGACCAAGAUACAAGUUCGCACUGAAGCUCAGUAUCACGGGUUUUUAACGACAAUUGCUACUAUUUGGAAGCAACGAGGUAUCACCGGAUAUUUCGACGGUGCUUCAUUGCGCAUGUCGCGCAAAGUGUUGAGCUCGGCUAUUGGUUGGGCUGUUUAUGAAGGUGGUUUGAUGCUCAUGCGCACCUCGACCUGAUCACUGCAUGAGCCGUUGAUAUCACACACACACAUGCUUAAAUCAAGCCAGAUAGGUUUUAAAACAAAACCGCGCGGACAGGGAUUAGAGAAUGUCUGUACUUUGUAACCCCCCACUCUGAUACCACUGUUUGGAAAGGCUAUUGCCAGAAGUC